AUCAAUUUAUUUGUUUAUGGAGCGAAGACAAAUUACAACGAUGGAACUGUUUUAAAUGCAGUAAAAAAUCGGCACCAGCUAUGGCCAAAAGGAAGAAUACCAUAUGUUCUAAGUAGCCAAUAUAGUCAAUAUAGCCGAUCGGUGAUAGCAUCCGCUAUGCAAGAAUAUGAGAAACAAACUUGCAUUCACUGGGUGCCAAAAGAUGAUUCUGAUAUUAACUAUAUUUACAUAUUACCUGAACUUGGAUGCUAUUCGAUGGUUGGACGCACAGGUAUAAUAAUGCAUGAAUUAAUGCAUGCUGUUGGUUUUUUCCACGAACAAUCUCGUUAUGAUCGAGAUGAUUACAUUACUAUAUUGUGGCAAAAUAUUAUGCCUGGAAUGGAAGGACAGUUCGAGAAAUAUCGCCAAGGAAUGAUUGAUACCUUAGAUGCCAGUUAUGAUUAUGCUUCUUUAAUGCAUUACGGUCCAAAAGCCUUCAGCAGCAAUGGUCAAGAUACGAUUAUUCCAAAACAAAAAGGCGUAUCUAUCGGUCAACGUAUCGCCUUUAGUAAACUCGAUUCGCAUAAAAUCAACAAACUUUAUAGAUGUCACAAUCGCAAAACUGGUUCGUUCGUUUUUUUCAAAUCUUUUAACAGAUCUUUCAAUCAAAAUAUAUCCAAAAUAUAUCUUAAUGCAAAUGAAUGUAAAGAUUAUCGAAGCGACUGCAAUACACUUUUAUCGACGAACCAGUGUGUGUUAUCAGCGGAAGGCAUGAAAGUUUCGUGUGCAAAAACGUGUCGUUUCUGUAUAACCGAAGAAACAACCGAAAAAAUCUGUAAAGAUUAUAAAAAUUUUUGUUUUGUUUGGAAAAAAGCCGAUUUUUGUAAUGGUUUAUUUUACAAUUUUAUGCGAAAAAAUUGUGCUAAAUCGUGUAAAUUUUGCUAA